AUGCUGAAGCGAGGAGGUCGUGGGCACGAUCCCGCUGAAAUCGAAAAAACACCGAAGGGUUCGUUGACUCUGCGAUGCCCGGUGUGUCUGAUUCCUGGAGUCAACAUACCUGCCGAUUGGCAGUCGGCACCCGAGGGAGAGCGUUGGAAAUAUAGCUUCUUCAUCGGCUUGGAUGCUUGUUUCAAGCUGAAGCAGAAAAAUCGUGAUAUAGCUGACCCGGAGCUUGGGUCAGGCUUUAUGUAUUUCGCCAAGGAAGAUGAAUAUCAAGAUCACUUGAAGAAUACUGUGGACGUGCCGGAGGUACGCAUUUUCGCGCCUCCUACUCUUAUGAACUCGAAGAAUAGUACCAAGAAGUACACUGUGUCUGGGGUUGCAGCUGCCAAAUGUGCUCACCAUGCACUAGUCCUACCAAAUGGGGCAGCCGACCUUCAGAAAGGAGAGAAAUAUGUCUCCAUGGACUUCGUCUUCUGGAUGUCCAUACUCACGAUGGGGGCCAUGUCCCUGGUUGUCGUGUCGUAUGACAUCGCCUGCAAAUGGUCGGUCCACCUGUGGGACUGUUUUGCGACUCUCGCUCCGCAGUUCGCAUGCCUUCUGGUGACAGCCUUACGAUUUUUUGUGCCUAAUCUACACGUCGGCGUACACGGCGCGAAAUGUCGCCAUGUUUUCGGAUUCAACGUUAAUCGAUGGGUUGGCCGCACUCACGGAGAGACUCUGGAACAGGAAUGGGCCCACAUCGGCGCCAUGGCAACAAGUACUCGAGAAAUGGGACCGGGCGUGCGACAUGGUAUCUUGGAUGACCAUUGGCAUUUCUGGAACUUCCAAAAGAUUGUCGGCAUGGGUAUGUCUCUGCCUUGCUCUACGCGUAAAGAACUGAUGCAAGAAGAAGGGUGUCUAACGAGUCGAGGAGUGAAUGCGGUUGUUGUAGGCAAACUCGGCGAUGGGGAGCCACUCUUCCCAGUCGUCCUGGAGGUGAUUGACGUACAACCGAAGGAACUGUUCGAUCUCCUGGUUAACGCACUUGGUCUGGACGUCGGAUUGAGGGUGGUAAGCCAUGGAAGUGGCUACGGAGAUCCCGAGCAUUCCGCUCAACUCGCGCAUGAGGUGCGACACGAAUUGCGGGCCGCGGUCACUGAUCGUGACCUCUGGAAGUCCGUGGUGCUUCCAGACCUGGUCUUGGAAGAGCCAAGCAACUCCCAGGGAAGUCACCUCUGA